UUCAGACUCCCCACAGUUCCCAUUCCCUAUUAAUGUGGAAGGGAAUACAGUAAAGCUUGCGCAUCAGUUCUGAUUCUCCGUUCAAACGUUGCUCGAAGAUCGGAGGAUGCUAACUGGUUUUAUGAGGAUUUUAGGGUUUAUGCCAUGAAUGGAAGUCCGGAUUCGUUUCUACUUAAAACCUGGUUACUUCUCAAUGGUUUCUGCUGUGUUCAAGGGCUCAAGCGACAAAGCUCUUUGUUGAUAUAGUACCUUAAAUAUAUGCUCAAGAGUUCAAGUCCGGAGCCUUCUUCUGUAGGUUCUAGUCCAAAAAGAACCGAUGAAUGAAUGGAAGUGAUGUGAAGGGAUGCAUGCCAAAAGUUUGUCGCAAUGACGAUAGCUUUAACUCUUCCUCGUCACACAUAAAUGGUAGCAACAAGUCUGUGAUUUGGGCUCAAAAGGUGGAUGAUGAUGCUUAAGGGGAGGCUGCUGGAUAGUCUAGCUGGGAAACAAAUAGCAAAGCACAAAGGGUAACUGUGGAAGGUAGUAAUGCCAUUCGUAAUGAUGGACUUGAUGGAUGGAGGCAAUCCAUCCCAAAGAUUUGCAUGAUGGAGAAAGGCAGUUCGAGCAAGUCAGCAUGCUGGUGUGGCCCGGGUGAUGGCAAUAUAAAGCGAGAAAGUGGUGGAUGGUCUAGAUGGCCUGCAUCUACUUCUAAGACAACCACCCGACAAUCAAAUCAAUCUGAAGGCAGGACUGCAUUGGACGAUGAAUCUACCAUGGCAUGCAAAAGAGGUUGGAAUAAGGGUCGGGAUGGAAGGGAAAAAUGGGAAAUUGGUGGUAAUGGCUUUGAUCAUAAUGGUUGUGAUGGAAGGAGGCGAUCCCUCUCUAACAAUCACUCUGUCGAUAAAGGUUGUAUGAGCAAGUCUGCAUCUUGGGACCGUGGAAAACAUGAGAACGUUAAGAGAGAGAAUGAUGGAUGGCAUAGAUGGCCUGGAGCUAUGUCUAAGGCCACUAAACAUUACGCUGGCCAUCAAAACAGAAAAGAUUGCUGGAAUGAAUCUGAGACAUGGACCACAUCAGAAAACAUCUCUACCGUGGCAUGCAAAAGAGGUUGGAAUGAGUCUGGGAAUGGAAAGCAAAAGAGGGAAAAUGGUGGUGAUGCCUUUUAUGAUGAUAAUAGUGAUGGAUGGAGGCAAUCAGGCGCCAACAUACACGUAGUGGAGAAAGGCAGAUUGAGCAAAUCUGCAUCGUGGGAUCUAGCACAAGAUGAGAAUGCAAAUGGAGAGAAUGAUGGAUGGCCUGGAUGGCCUGGGGUUAUGUCUAAGACAAUUCAGCAAUGUGGAUGGAUCACUGAAGAUGGAUGUACCAUGGCAGGCGCAAGAGGUUGGAAUGUAUCUGGAGAUGAAAAAGGAAGGAGAGAAACUGCUGAUGGGGGUGAUACCUUUGAUCAUGAUGGUCGUGAUGGAUCGAGGCCAUGCAGCUCUAACAUUCACACAGUGGAUAAGCGCAGUUUGAGCAAAUCUUCCUGGGACCUUGCAACUAAUAAGAUCAAGAAUGAUGAAUUCCCUAGAUGGCCAGGUGCUUUAUCUAAGACAACCGGACAAAUUCCAAGCCAUCAAAAUCAAAAACUUGGCUGGCAAUCUCAAGGAUGGACCCAAGCAGAUCAUGGUGACUCACAGAAGGAAUCUGGUGAAAGGAACUCAGCUUUUGUUCAAACUGAUGAUUCAUGGAUGCAGCGUGGCUCAUCAAUGUCUACAAAAUGUGAUUGGAACGCAUCUAAAAGCUGGAAUGCAUUGAAUGGUGAUAAUCUUGACAGAGAACAGAGAAAAUGGGAUCCUGGUUUAGAUCGAUCUGGUGGUGAUCCAUGUAAGCAGAUCCGUCCCGCUGAACCACCUAAAGCAAAUAGGAGGAAAUUUGGAAGUGGGGCUUUUGCUCAAGGUGAAGAUUCCAUUAGAAUGAAAUCAAAAUGGAGUGAUGGUUCUGGUUUUAGUGAUCCUAAUGGAUCGAAGCAACACAGAUUGAGAUGGGCUGCAUCUAUGAUGCCUGCCACAGGCGAGCAAUGUCCCAGCAAUCAAAAUGGACCUGGAUGGAAGCAGUCUUGGGGAGGGAUUGCAUCAGAAGAUGGCAUUUCACUGAAGCAGAAUAAUGGCAGGAAUACAGAUCUUGAUCGAAGUGAUGAUUCGUGGAUGAAGCAUAGACCUAUGAUGUUGCCAAAAUGUGAUUGGAAAAAAUUUUCAGGUUGGAACAAACCAGGGGGUAAUGAUUUCGAUGCAGAUCACAGGUCAUGGGGUCCAGAUUUAGAUCAAGCUGCUCGAGAUCCAUGGGAGCAGCAGCUUAGGCCCACCGAAGUACCCAAAUUUGAUUAUUCCAUUAGAGAAAAAAACAAAUUGAGUGGGGCGCCUGAUUUUGAUGAUGCCGAUGCACUGAACCAGAACAUGCACACAUUUUUGCCAAGCAUUGGCGGCAAAAGGCCACUCAGAAACAAAAAUCCUUCCUUGCCAUCCCUGUGAGCAGGAACAUUAUCAGUCAGAUGAUACAUAUAAAAAAGAAGCAGAUGUUUCUGCAUAUUAUGGAGAAUCUCCAUCAGCAAGAAGGAAAAUAACUAAUCUAGCCAUUGGUGGUGAUGC